AUGGCGGUCUGGUAUGGUGGAAGACUUGCAGAGCCAAAGGGGGUGGAGGUUGGUUCACUCUACGGGGAGAUUGCCAGUCGAGGAAAGAAAAUGCAAGACUACUGGAUAGGUUACAACAGAAAUGGAUACUCUGGCAGUAGAGACACAGUAGGAUUUUGGAGUGAUGGGAGGGGUGCAUUGUUUGAGGCUGGGGUAUGGGGGGAUUUCCAACCUGAGUGGGAGAGAGGGAGCUGUGUAUUGGUGGAUACAGAGGGGAAGUGGAAAGCCGAGUCAUGUGACAUGUUACAGUCAUCAAUGUGUGAACGCCAAGCAUGUCCUAAAGGAACUUUUAGCUGUGCUACAGUAGAGAGAUGUGUGGGAGCUAGCAGUCUGUGUGAUGAUAACAAUGACUGUGGAGACUGGUCAGAUGAGAGAAAUUGUGAAUCAAAGUGUACCUUCUACCAAUCUGGCACAGAGGGAGUCAUAGAGAGUUUGAACUACGGAUUAGGACAAUAUUCAGCCAAUAGGACGUGUGUGUGGACUGUAGAGGGUCCAAUCGGAUCACAGAUACAAAUACAGGUGCUUGAUUUUGAGACAGAGAAGAGCCUAGAUGUGUUGGAGUUGUGGGAGGGUGGUGUAACACUGGGGGACAGUAAAUGUCUGACCCGACUGAGUGGGGCCCAGAGACCUCCAGGAAUACUGCUCAGUUCUAACAACUUCCUGAUGGCCAGGUUUUCUUCAGACUCGUCUGUGCAGUACAAAGGAUUCUCUCUCAAAUGGACUAGUGAAUCAAUGAAUGCAACAAAUCUUGGAGGAAGAGUUGAAGCAGAUAAAAUUUUGAAGGAGGUCUCUACACCUUUGUAUCCACAGAAUUAUCCAGGUGGGCGGGAGUUUGUGUGGAUCAUCCAAUCACAGGGCUUGUCUGUUAUCACACUACAGGUUAGUGACAUUGAACUUUGUGGAUCAGAUUUUAUCACUGUGAAAGAUGGUGAGCAUCCCUUAGCAACUACUUUGGUGACCUUGACCUCUUCAAGUAUAUCAGGGGUCAUCACAAUGUCAACAGGCAACAGGAUGUACAUCUACAUGAAACUCGAUGAGCAUCUAAAAUGCAAAGGUGCACUGAUGCAUUACAAGACAGGAUGUGAUAUGAAUAUACAAAGGGACAGUGGGUCGAUAUUCAGUCCUGGUUAUGGUGUGACUAAUUACCCCCCAGUUCUACAUUGUACCUGGCUGAUCCAAAGUAAAAAUGGACAGGCACUUCUUCUAAGGUUUAAUGAUUUCAGACUGCAGGACAAAGACUAUGUACAGGUGUACCUUGGUUACAAUACCUCUUCCUCCCCAGUAUAUUCAGGAUCAGGACUCACUGGAAAUGUGGUUCCCUCUAAUGUCAUCUCUAAAACUGGAACCAUAUUUAUCACUAUGACAACCAGUGCCACAGGGAAUUCUAAAGGUUUCCAGGCAUCAUUUACAGCAGGUUGCAGAACUAUGAGUUCCUCCUCUCUGAUAGUGAGUUCUGGGGUCUCUGAGAUCCUCCCACAGGCUGUGGUCACUGUACAGUGUAGGACAGGGUACUACCUACAGGAACCGUACACAGGACUAAACCAGGUCACCCUGAGGUGCCAGGAGGGGGGAACUUAUGAUAAAAUCAUCCCGAUCUGUGCACAUGCAUUUUGUGGUCCACCGCCAGUUGUUGACAAUGGUUACAUUGUAAACAGUACAGGUGUUUUUGGAGGUGACAGAGUUAUGUACCACUGUAAGACUGGAUACUCAACAAUCAACUCACUCAACACCAUGUGUCAGAGUAAUGGAGUGUGGGAAACCCCUCCCACAUGUCAAGCCUCUCCUUGCCCCUCCCUACCUGUGACUGUGUUCAGGGGACAAAGAAGUACCCUCACUGGGGAUGGAGUCAGCCAUGGUUCUGUGAUCAAGUAUUCCUGUGACCCGGACUACCAGGUUCUGGGACAAUCGGUCAUCAGGUGUGACAAUGGAGCCUGGUCUGAUCACCCUCCCAACUGUCAGAAAAUUCCUUGUCUCUCCUCAUCCAUAAACAAGGGAACUAUUGACAAAUCUGGUAAUGUGGGUCAAGGGGAGAUAGUUCGAGUUACCUGUGAUUCAGGAUUUGAAAUAAAUGGAAAAUCAGAAUUCAAAUGUGGAAUGGAUGAUCCUCCAUUAUGUAUCAACAUUGAUGAGUGUAAGGUCUCUAAUGGAACCGUCUGUGAUCAGAUUUGUACAGACACGGUGGGGGGAUAUGUGUGUUCAUGUAACGAGGGCUAUAAACUUACUAGAAGCAGAAACAACAGGUGUGAAAAUAUUAAUGAGUGCCAGGAGGGUAAUGGUUUCUGUGAUGGGGGUUGUGUGGACACCCCGGGGUCUUAUUACUGUACCUGCACCCAGGGCCAGGAGCUGUACGCAUACAACGGCCAGAAUGAUCUGAUCCUCCCCGCCAUGGAGACCGGUCUGGAGCCACAUCACCGCUACCACAUCAACCAUUCCUGUGUGGCUGUUGAAUGUUCAGCUCCAACCUACUCCAUUCCAAAUGGGUUGGCCUUGACCUUAGAAACCAAGUUCUUCUACAGAGAUGAGGUCACAUAUAUGUGUAACCUUGGUUACCAGAUCAGAGGGACAGGACAGGCUACUUACAGAAUCAGCUGUCAGAUAGACGGCUCAUGGUCUGAUGUAGAACCAACUUGUGAGAGUAAGAGAAACUAUAUGUGUGAUGUGUCCAGUGAUCCGGGAGUCCUCCCAAACACCUCUGUCACCUACGGACAGUUCUAUCAUCUCCAGUGUGACAGGCCUGACGGGGGCAUCCUGUCACGGAGGAGGCAGUGUACCUAUAAUGUUAAUACCGGGAGGUACCAAACUGAGGGCGAUCCAUUGUCUUGUCCUAAAGUAAACUGUGGAACACCUCAGUCUGUAAAGGGAGCUAACCCUUACUUGUACAGCUGCACACUGUAUGGUUGUACCUUUGAGUUUACCUGUCGGUCAGUGUACACAAGGGCAGGUAACUCUUCACAGGGAGGGUCCGUGAUCAGUUGUGCAGCAGAUGGACGGUGGGACUUCGGUGACCUUCACUGCACCAAUGGUGUGUGUCCUGACCCUGGCUACCCCCCUGGGGGGUAUUCCUACACCGCCUCCCAUGAGGAGGACGGCCAGGUGUAUUACACGUGUCAGAGGCCAGGCUACAGGGCCAAGGACAUCUACCCCAUCCUGUGUUCAGAGGUCAGGGGUCAACUGAGAUGGAACUCGUCAGAUGUCAAGGUCACUCAUGAAUGUGUAGAUGUUCAGAAUCCAGUAAUGACCAAAUGCCCAUCCUUGGAUAUCACAGUGAUGAAAUAUGAGGGAGCAAACUCUACCAUUCCUGUCUUUUCUGACAACAGUGGAGCCAUAACUAGGAUUUUGGUGACUCCCUUUAACUAUCAGCCUGGUCAGGUGAUUGCACAAGAGACACUGAUUACAUAUGCAGCAUUUGACCAACAGGGAAAUAGCAUCACUUGCUCUUUUUUGGUGAAGAUUAAAGAUGAGGUACCUCCGUUGUUGUCAUGUAAACCCUCCAGGACUGUCCUGAUCCCAGAUGAGUCAGCUCUGGUGACUGUUGACCCUCUGGACUUUAUCAGCAGUGUAGAACAAGGCGCCCAGACAUCGUCCAACACAGGGAUACUGAGGCUGACCGCUACAGACAUCAACACAGUCAGGACCACUCAAAUCACAGCAACAGACUCAUCAGGGAACACAGCUUCCUGUUUAGUACAGGUCAAGGUCGAAGCUUCAAAAUGCCAGGCCUGGAGCCUUUCUAUAACACACGGCCAGAAGGCCUGCUCUCAGAAGACGGGGAAUGCUGGGAUAGAUUGUGUGUUUACUUGUGACUCGGGAUAUGUGUUUGCUGAGGACAUCAAUAGAAGAUCUGUCAAUGUGUCCUGCUUCAAUGGUGGAGAUUGGGACAGAGCUGCCCCUACAUGUCAGGUACACGAUGACUGGUAUACACAUCCUAACUCUGUCUUUGUGACCAUAAACUUGGAAAUAGCCCCCGCUGGAUUGAUUGACUUGGCCUACACGUCUUGUGCCCAAAAGAUAGAAAAUGCGUUCAUAACACGGAGUAGCUCUGUGGGAACGAUGUAUCAGCUUUAUUCAUCAGGGUCCUGCCCUGCAUCAACCAACCAGCAGUUUGUACAAACUCAGUUCUCCAACUUCCUGUGUUCUGGUUACCAGGGAACACAAAGGAAUAACACUGAGGGCAAAACAUAUUGUGUGACCUGUCCUUUAGGGUAUUACACUAAGGACAAGAGGACAUGUACCCCCUGCCCGGCUGGAACUUAUCUGGAUAGAGGAAACUUUGACAACUGCUUCAGUUGUCCAAAUAACACCAACAGUAGGGGGACUGGUCUAUCACGUCAGCAGGACUGUCACUUAAGUUGUCCCCCUGGUUUUGUGUCCAGUAGUGGACAGGCCCCCUGCUCUGAGUGCGCUGUUAAUACCUACUCCUCUAACGGUCAGUCCUGUACCACUUGUCCCAGUAAUACACUGGCUGCUAAAACAGGCUCAGCUUCCAGAGAUGAAUGUUUAGAUUACUGUCCUGCAGGGUAUUACUCCCCCAGUGGAUCUGUCCCCUGUAGACCCUGCCCCAGGAAUCACUACCAGCCCUCCCUGGGGGGUACAUCCUGUAUAGAGUGUGGGUCUCAUCAGGUCACACAGAACCCCGCCCAAUCCUCCUCACUCAGCUGUGUGGAUGGAUUGAGCACCCUCUGUCAGCCUAACCCGUGUCAGAAUGGAGGAGUGUGUGCCGUCAUCAGACAUGAUUUCUACUGCAGCUGUCCUCAGUACUACACAGGUAGGAGAUGUGAGGUAUUUCUGAAUCCCUGUUCCUCCAUUCCUUGUUUCAAUAAUGGACUCUGCUCAUUCAACUCCUCAACAGCAGAAGGAUAUACCUGUGAUUGUCUGGCUCGGUACAGUGGAUCCAGGUGUGCUGAGGAUUUAAAUGACUGCAGUUUCAGUCCCCCCUUUGUUCCUUGUAAGAAUGGGGGUCAGUGUCGAGAUCACAAUGGAGGAUAUCAGUGUUUCUGUCCCUCCUACAUAGGAUACACUGGAACCACCUGCACAGUACCUGAUCAGCCCUGUGCCAGUACCCCUUGUAAGAAUGGAGCCUCUUGUAUAGAGGAGGGAGUGAUCAGACACAAAUGUUUAUGUCUGCCAGGGUACACAGGGGAAGACUGCAGCAUAGAUAUAGACGAGUGCGCCAGUAAUCCCUGUGUCAAUGGUGGAACUUGUGUGGACAGAGUCAAUGGAUUUUCCUGUACGUGUUGGACUGGUUACUCUGGGGAUUUCUGUCAGAUCCGGUCCCAGGAAUCCGUGUGUACCCCCUCCUCCUGCCAGGGAGGGAUGUGUGUGGAUGAUUACCUCAAUGACAGGGCUGUCUGUGUAUGUAAUGGGGGAUACAGGCUCAAUGAUACCCAGUGUGAACUGUUGAACUACUGCUCCACUAAUCUCUGUGAAAAUGGAGGUCAGUGUGUCCCCCAGUAUGCUGGCCAUGUAUGUGCCUGUCUCCCGGGGUAUGGGGGACCUAGAUGUCAGUUUGACAUUAAUGAAUGUUCCAACAAUCCUUGUAAGAAUGGAGGGCAAUGCCUAAAUCAGGUCAAUGGAUACAAGUGCAACUGUACUCUGCCAGGAACAGGAGGUCUGAACUGUGAGGACAUGAAGAAUGACUGUUCACCAAACCCUUGUAAUGUGAGUCACUCGGAUAAUUGUAAAGACUUGCUGGAUGACUUCUACUGUCAGUGUCAUGUAGGCUACAGAGGGAAGACUUGUGAUGUGGGAGAUGUUGAUUGCCUUAGUUUCCCCUGCCAGCAUGGUGGGAUCUGCACACAGAUAGGCGCCUCCUAUAACUGUACCUGUCUGUCAGGCUGGGAGGGGGACAGGUGUGAAAGGGCAGUGGACAGGUGCUCAACCUCACCUUGUCAGAACGGGGGACAGUGUGUUAACGCAGUAGAUCAGCAUGUCUGCUUAUGCCAAAGUGGUUUCCUCGGUGAAAACUGUGAGGUGACCUAUGACCUCUGUAAUGUAGCCAAUCCCUGCGUUGGUCCAGGAAGUAACUGUUCUGUGAGGAAUGAGACUUCUCAUUGUGAUUGUUCGCCAGGUUACACAGGGUCUGGAUGUCACCUUCCGUUAACUUCCUGUGAGAAUACUGUAUGUCUUAAUGGUGGGUCCUGCCAGGUGUCUGAUGGGAAAGUCAAGUGUGCCUGUAUACCAGGUUAUGCGGGUUCCCGGUGUGAGACAGACAUUGAUGACUGUGUCUCUGGUGUCUGUCCUGCUGACUCCCAGUGUGUGGACGGAAUCAAUUCAGUCUCGUGUGUCUGUACAGAGGGCAGAAUAGGAGAACUCUGUGACAAAAAUUUAACCCAGACUUUUGAUUUGAUCAUUGAAACAACCAGUACCUGUGGCACAAAAAAUGAAGUUAAACCAGAAUCUUCAAUAUUCUCUCUGAAUUCAACCAAAUUCUCCAUCUCGCUGUGGCUUCGAUACACAGAUAAAUCUCGGCCAGGACCAGUUAUCUCCCUUUAUACGCUGAUGGACAAAACUUUUAUGCCAGUUGAGUUUAUUGAGAUGAGAUCCAGUGGUGUGGCUGUUACUGUUGAAUCCACUGCUGUGUACCUCUCUCAUGGAUCUAAGAAUAUUAUGGAUGGAUUAUGGCAUCAUAUGGCGUUAUGCUGGACCAGUGGAUCAGACACUGCCAGUCAGAUUGGCAUGGUCACUGUUUACAUUGACAACCAGCUGACUGCUAAACAGGAAAAUUUUGGCUCAGGGAAGCAGUUACCUCCAUGGGGUUGGUUGGUACUGGGAGGUAGAUAUGACCAAUCAAACAACAUCAUCUUGAGAAGUAAUGCUUUCACUGGUCGCUUAAGUCAGCUUUUCUUGACAAAGUCAGACCUGAUUACAGAGAUUUCAAUUCUUCAUAACAAGACAGACUUUACACCCAGUCAGUUGAUCCAAACACCUAUCACAGAUAUCAUAGAGAACAACAGAGUGUUUGUGGACUACCAGAGUCAGCUACUGGCUUCUGUAUGCAGAACAGCAAACAACUGUAUCAAGGAAUUUGAUGCUUCACAGUACCCAGCUGUGGAACAGUGUCCAGAUGACCAGCUGGUUGUAACAGAAAGAGCUGCCUUUCCAACAUGGAUGGAGAUUUCCUUUUCAAAUGCCAAUCAAGUCAAACAUACCAAGCAGUCAGGAGCUGAGAGGUUGUCCUGGGGAUUCUAUGAGAUUUCUUCAGCCGGAUUUGAUGCCAGUGGAAAUGCCGCAGUGUGCUCCUUUGUACUCUACAACAGAAGAGUUGCUUGUGGAGAGGUGCUUCCUGUUGCUCCAUACAAGGGAGCUAAAUCUUGCACAACAUUGACUGAUGGAGAGAGAUGCUCUCCUGUUUGUUUACAGCCUAACCAUACAACCAGUCAACCGGGGCCUAAGUACUACAGCUGUAACAUGUAUAAUCUGUUUGACUCGGUCAGUCGUUUACAGCCAUUUGUCUUGCCUGCUUGUGCUGCUUCCACCAGCAGACUUGUGGACCUGACAAUGACAGUGGAGUUAACUCUGACAGAGAGGUGUGGCCAGAUUCAGGGGGGCGUGGCUGCUCUGACUAAGUCCCGCCUCUCAACCAUCAGUGCUAUGUGGCAGCGGGGGCUGUGUGGUUAUGGGGUGUGUUCUAAUGUCAGUGUCACUUGUCCAUCAACAGGUGCCCCCUAUCUCACAGCCAUCUUCUCAUCCAUCAGUGAAUAUUUAACAAACAGCCAGUCCAUAACCUCACAUGUUAAAGACAUUUUGGUAACAGAGUUUGCAGACAAGCACACAUUUGACUUUACGACAUCCACACCAGUUCUGUCUUCCAUUCAGUUUGAUUUCCUUCCCGUGUGUUCUAGAGGACAUCAGCUUGUUGGAGAGCUCUGUGUCCAGUGCAGUGUGGGUACGUUCUAUAACACCUCCUCUAGACUGUGUCAGCCCUGUCCUGUGGGUCAGUACCAAGAUCAGGAGGGGCAGUUUUCCUGUAAAUUCUGUCCCUACAGCCAGGAGUCUACCACCACCUACCAACCUGGGGCUCAGGGUAUUCUCAGUUGUAAGGAUUCCUGUGCAAGUGGUACUUUUUACAACUUGAGCACAGGUUCCUGUCAACAAUGCCCCCUGGGAUACUAUCAGGAGAAUUCUGGGUAUUUUCAUUGCUUUCCCUGUAAUGUUGACAAGACAACAGCAUAUCCUGGAUCCAAACAACAGUCCCUCUGUGUUGCAUAUUCUAAAGCCUUCACUACAGCCAAAACACCAACAAAUGUAGGACAAAGUACAGACAUGGAGGAAGAGUUCACGGCAGCAGUUAUCAUCGCUAUUGUCAUCGGCAUCAUCAUCUUCAUCGUAGCAUUCAUUCUGCUGUUCCUUUUCUUUUGCAGAGAAAAAGUGCCUUGUUUUGGCCAAAAUGAGGUAAUACCAGAGGGAACUACACCCUGGAAGUAUGUCAACAGAUAUGGAGAAACUAAUCUGAAAUUUGUGAAUUAUCGUCUACAAGAUGUCCGAGAACGGAAGCGACGUAAACGUGUUGAUCGUCGACCGUUUUCCUCCAGAGAAGGGCCAUAUGGACCAGAGGUGGCGCUAGGAUACAAUACUGAGGACUCCAUCAACUUCAGGGAUGCCCCAGAAACUUUAACACCAAGACAUCUUCCACCCAUCUCAUCAAACACAGUGGAGGAAACCUAUGAAAAACCUAAAAAGAGAAGAAAAAAGAAGAGAAAGAAUGUGUCCCCAGACAGGGAACCAAGGGCACUGAAACCGCUGAAGGGGUCAGGGUUCAGGUCAUCAGCGCCACCUAGUGAAAGUGGCUCACAAAGGGGAGAAAUGGGAGAUAACCAUUAUAUAGACCCUGUACAUUCUGACACUAGGAAUGGACAUAUUAAAAUAGAUUCUGACAACGAAGAUUACAGAUGAGAGUUAAACAGUUGUAGAUAUGAUUAAUUUUUUAAUUGUUGGGUAGGAGCCCUUUGUCCUAGUCCUCUAUCUAUAGCUGAUCUGUGUAAUAAGAGAGGGGAGUUGAAAUAAAAAUUUUAGUUUGAAUAUGGUUUUUACACAUAAUUGUUGACUUUGGUAGUAGGGAUGUGUAUUGAGCCAAAAAUUUCGAUAUGAUACGAUACAAUAUUUUUGAAAGCGAUAUGCGAUAUAUUGGAUUCUAAAACAAGUCCAUCAGAAAAGGCUUAUAAACCAUUUUAUAACAAUGAAGUGUUUUAUUACCCAUUUUAAAGUUUUUGUUUCAUUGACAUUACAAUUAUACUUGAAAUUAAAACUUUUAAUGACAGUAAAAUUAACAUGUUCAAAUAAAAUUCUCUUUGUAUUUUGUAACAAUUAUA